AUGUGCAACACAGUCUGCCGCGAGGGCUGCAUCGUCGUCAAGACCAUCUACAUGGUCUGCGCCCACACCUCCCCCAUCUCCCAGUGGACGUCCUUUUGCCCGAGGAGCAGCAGCACUACCACCAUGGAAAGGACCACCGUCUGCACGCCCGCCGGCCACGCCGAGGUCCGCUUCGGCUGGUGCGCGAGCUGCACCGCCUUCUAUGCGCCCACGGACCUCAACAACGAGGCCCUGAUCCGCAACUAUUGGGCCUUCAAGACCGCCCACGGCAUGCUGGAGCCGCUCGACAAGCCGAGCAGGGUCCCCGGGACCGCGCUGUUGGGAUCCUCCCCGCCCGCCACCACAAGAGACCCUUGCGUGCCGGCCGCCGAAGUUGAGAGCCUGGCCGUCGCGCUUGCGCAGGCCAGCUCGGGCGCAUGCACCACCGCGCAGGCGAGGAUCCAAGCGACGAGGUACCGCGUCGAGAUGCUCAGGUGGGCUGGGAAGAGGCGGGCUGCUGCUGGCCGCAGCACUUCCUGCCGUCGCCGUGUCGACAAGCCUCUCCCGCCUACGCCCCGCUCGGCAGGGUCGUUGAUGGCGCAACCGGCCAACAAGUACGACGCGGCGGGCCUUGCAGCCCAGCCCCAGCAUACGAGCUGUCCCAACUUUGAGACGCUCAAGCCUUUGACAUAUAGCCCUUCGUCGCGGUCAGCUACCAGCAGCCCCUGCGAGACCGGGACGUUGCAGCAGCAAGAAUCUACCAGUGUAGAUUUUUGCUGGCGUCACUAUGCCAUCGUCGCUCAGGAUGGUGUCUGUCACGAGUGCGACGACGAGAGCAUGCGUUCGCAGAUACGUGGCCGGGUCAAGUCCUUCCCUGUUCGUGAUCAUAACAUGCUUAGGAUUCAGGCCGUUAAGCAGAUUGCUGCGAGUGCCGUGCAGCCACUUUGCUUCUGUGAUGGAAAGGGCUUCGAGUGCACUCCUUGUACCGACCGACGUAUCAGCAGCAAAGCUGUGGGCACUAAGGAAUGGAUCUAA